GUUGUGCGUCUUCUUUACGGACGAGCGGCGGGUCAGGGCAAGGGGCUUGAGCCCUAUUUUGGUCUUUGGCGGCCUCCUCUUCGAUCCUGAGCCCUGCCGGGCAGUGUCACGAGUAAGAUAUUUAAUGAGCGAGCUAUUGACGGCGGGGGAGGCGUUGGGCUCUACUUACCCAGCCUCGAACCGAGAGGACUUUACCAACCUUAGAUGGGCUAGAGAUUUGCUUAUUGAUGAUCGUCCCUGUUUUUGAUAUGCGUAAUACUUAUGGAUUUCUUUUGUGUUGUGGAAACCUUAAGAAUGGAGUCUAAACAUUCAAGGAUUCCAAGAAGAAUUUCUGUUCAACCCUCUGACUCUUUAAGUGCUAGGAUGAUGUCUGGAAGCAGAGGAAGUAGUUUAAAUGAUACCUAUCACUCAAGGGACUCUUCGUUUCGACUGGAUUCUGAAUAUCAGUCCACAUCAGCAUCAGCGUCUGCAUCGCCAUUUCAGUCUGCAUGGUACAGUGAGUCUGAGCUAAGUCAGGGAGCACGCUCAAGAUUGCAAAACCAGCAACGGGAUCACGACUCAAAAAGACCUAAACUUUCCUAUACAAACUGUACAUCUACCUCAGCUGGGAGAAGUGUUGGACAUGGUUUAAAUGCAGUAUCAGAUUCUUCUUGGAGGCGUAGUCAAGUUCCCAGAUCUUCAUCAGUGGUACUUGGAUCAUUUGGAACUGACUUAAUGAGAGAGAGGAGAGAUUCAGAGAGGAGAGCAGAUUCCUCCAUUAGUAAUCUUAUGGAUUAUAGUCACCGAAGUGGUGAUUUCACAACCUCAUCAUAUGUUCAAGACAGAGUUCCUUCUUCAUAUUCACAGGGAGCAAGACCUAAAGAGAACUCAUUGAGCACUUUACAGUUGAAUACAUCAUCUACAAACCACCAAAUGCCUUCUGAACAUCAUACCAUACCAUGUUCUAGGGACUCUGGUAGAAAUUCUUUAAGAUCCAAUUUUUCUCCAAGAGAAUUAGAAUCUCCUCAAGGCAGUAUACAGCCUGGAUUUUCUUAUAUUUCAAAUAGAGAUGAAACCUCAGCUAUAGGCAGUUCAGAUAGGUUUGGUUCAUCUCAAAGAUCAUUUCAAGAAUCUUCUGACAAUGAAGGUAGACGUACAACAAGAAGAUUGCUGUCACGUAUAGCUUCUAGUAUGUCAUCUACUUUUUUUUCACGAAGAUCUAGUCAGGAUUCCUUGAAUACAAGAUCACUGAGUUCUGAAAAUUCUUAUGUUUCUCCAAGAAUCUUUACAGCUUCACAGUCUCGUAGUAAUGCAGCAUCAGCUUCUGAUGCUCCUGAUAAUAGGGCAUCUGAAGCUUCUCAGGGAUUUCGAUUUCUUCGGCGAAGAUGGGGUUUGUCAUCUCUUAGCCAAAAUCAUAGCUCUGAGCCAGAUUCCCAGAAUUUUAACCAAGAAUCUGAAGGUAGAAAUACAGGACCAUGGUUAUCUUCUUCACUUAGAAAUAGAUGCACACCUUUGUUCUCUAGAAGGAGACGAGAGGGACGAGAUGAAUCUUCAAGGAUAUCUACCUCUGAUACACCAUCUAGGUCUCAUAUUUUUAGAAGAGAAUCAAAUGAAGUGGUUCACCUUGAAGCACAGAGUGAUCCCCUUGGGGCUACUGCCAGCAGACCACAAGCAUCUGCAGCACCGAGCAGUGCUGCUACAGGUGGCUCCACUUCAGAUUCGACUCACAGUGGACGAAAUACAGGAAUAACAGGGAUACUUCCUGGUUCCUUAUUCCGAUUUGCAGUCCCCCCAGCACUUGGAAACAAUUUGACCGACAAUGUCAUGAUCACUGUAGAUAUUAUUCCUUCAGGUUGGAGUUCAUCUGAUGGAAAAAGUGAUAAAUCUAAAAGUACACCUUCAAGAGACCCAGAAAGACUGCAAAAAAUAAAAGAGAGCCUUCUUUUAGAGGACUCUGAAGAAGAAGAUGGUGACUUAUGUAGAAUUUGUCAGAUGGCAGCUGCAUCAUCCUCUAACUUGCUAAUAGAACCAUGCAAGUGCACAGGAAGUUUGCAGUAUGUCCACCAAGAGUGUAUGAAAAAGUGGUUGCAGGCCAAAAUUAACUCUGGUUCUUCGCUAGAGGCUGUAACCACCUGUGAACUCUGUAAAGAGAAGUUGCAGCUUAACCUGGAGGAUUUUGAUAUUCAUGAACUACAUAGAGCUCAUGCAAAUGAACAAGCUGAGUAUGAGUUUAUCAGCUCUGGUCUCUACCUAGUUGUGUUACUGCACUUGUGUGAACAAAGCUUUUCUGAUAUGAUGGGAAAUACGAAUGAACCAAGCACACGUGUCCGAUUUAUUAACCUUGCAAGAACUCUUCAGGCACAUAUGGAAGAUCUCGAAAGUAGGUGGAAUUUCCCCUUCCCAGACUUGUUGAAUUUACUUUUGCAAAUUAAACCCACAGAGCAAAACCUAAGUAUAUAUAUUCUUUCUACCAAAUUAAAGCUUCAUUUAUAGGCUUAAUAAUACCAAAAUAAUUGAUUUGGGAAAAUGGGUUGGGCAACUGACAUUAGUUUUUUAAGAGCAUGUAUUUUAAAAUUGUAUUAAUUUUAAUGUAUAGAAGGAUGUUAUAUUAACCAUCAAUAUUUUCCUUUUGUUUAAAAUAAAAACAUAUAUUUGAUCACCUUAAUUUUAACACUUUUAAUCAAGAAAAAGACAUGUUUAACUACUAAUCCAAACCCACCUCUUAAUUGGUUAGAUUUUUUGUUUUGUAUAUGAAACUUUGUUAUUUAGCUUUGUUAGAUCAUGAAAGGUGUUCCCGGGUUUAUAUAUAGUUCUAGGAAAUAGGGGUGAACGAGUCCUAAUUCUGAGUCCCUAACAGAAGCCAUAGUUUUUUUGUUUUUGUUUUUGUUUUUUUGUUUUUUUUUUGCUCCUUGUUCAGGUCCUCAUGGACCUUUAAUAGGCAGCCAGCUCGGCCAGCAGCUCCAAUCUCUUAAGAUCACGUUCCAGCAUUAGGACUUCUGCCUGGGCUCCUUUGUGAAGGCACUUAAUGCCCAAAUCUUUACAGGCAUCUGCACAGCUUACCCUCUUCUCAAAGUCCUACAACCUCCAGGGUGCUUCAUACCAGGUGGGCACAGAUAUUGGUGGCUCUGGAACAGUUCCUGGGAAUCCAAGAUUACCCUACCUAUUGUGCUUUUUCACCCAAAGCAACUAGCUCCCCAUGAUCAGAUUCCAGUAUGCUCUUUGAAGUGUUUUUAAAUAUGUAUUCUCCAGUUGAUUAUCUCCAGUACUCAAUCUUCAAAAUACUUGGAGUGUUAUCUGUAGUGUGUAUCACAUUUUUAUUUUUAAAGAAAGCUCAGCAUCAUUUGAAGAUUUGAGAAGGACUUAAUCCUCGUAAGAACCUUUUAAUUCCUUGAAUAUUCUUAGACAUGGAUUUUUGUCAUUAAGUUUGUACUAUUUUUAACUUUUAAAGGGAUUCGAGGUACAACUAGAUAAUGCAUUUUUGUGUGGAAAUAAUAUAUAAAAGAGUCAAAUGGUAUAAUAAAGCCUAAAUGGAAAUUCAUUUAAUGUAAAUCUUUUUUUCCUUCAAACCUUCUUAGUUUAGAUACCUCAUGUUGGCUAAUACAAGGAUCUUUCUCUCUUUUGUAAAUUAUGAUUUAUACUUUGUCAGAUGUGAUGAUAGUAAUUUGUUGCAGUAUACAUUUUCCCCAGAUUGCUUUUUUUUUUAAUUAAUGUUCUGAUUUAGAAUUUAGUUUUCUAAACAUAUAGGAGUGUCUACUCCCAACAUGUGAAUGAAAGGAGAAAAAUAGAGUUAAAAUAUAUAUCUAAACUCAACUGAGAGGGAAAGAUGAGGGUGCCACAAAUUUAACUCUUCAAUACCAGAGUAUUAAUAUAUUUUGAAAAUAGGUUCUAACUGGAUUUUCUUCUGUAGAGUUAAUCCAGUUGAAAACAUGAGAAAUUCUCUGAAAAACUGUUCUAUUUUUUAGUUUGACAUUUCUCUGUGAUACAGCAUAAAACUUAAGCAUAGAAUUUACUCAUCAUGAACUAAGUAUAUGCUUGAUAUCAUUUAUUUAAAAUGGAUUUAAAAUUUCUGCGAGAUAACAGACUGAAGUAUGGACACUGAAGUCUCAUCUGUACUUGUUGCAUAAUUUUCUUGUUGAUUCCUUUGCUGAGUGCUCUUAAAUUGACCGGUAUUAAAUACAAGAGUAUACAUUUAACCUUUCUGCCCUUGAUAGUAGGAGAAAUACUGGUUAGAUGUUUUUAAACUCUUUGAGUUGCUGAUGACUCUAAAUUGAGGUCAGAAAUGUUGCAAGAGUGGUAUGUUUCUGACAACGUGAAGGCACAGGAAUAAUCUCAACAAAAGGUUUUUACUAAAUCAAGUUAUUUUAAUAGACUAUGUCUGUAGAAAGCUUUUUUGACUAGAGCUUUUUCUUGGCAUUGUGUAGACAUAGCUUUGAUGUAAAUUGCAAGAACACCCAUAAUCUAUUAUUCUGUGUACAUUUUUAAAAUUUUUCAUUGGAUACAUCAAACAUGCAGUGGUAAUAAGCCAGAUUCUACUCAAGUGUGUGAGAGCACGGGCUUUAAGUUCACUUUUUCUCAUGUAUAUCAUUAGCUACUAUGAACACAGAUUGAUCUUAGAAACUUUUUAAAUGUUCUUGAACCACAUUUUAAAAUGUUUUCAUUUUAAUAAAAACUAACAUAACAGAAAGGUGUGGAUGGGCAUCACCCACAGUCAAACCACCCCAACCCCGUCAUGAUAACCUAUCAUUUUGACCGAACAGUAUACUAAAUUGGGAUUUUUAUUUUACAAGUCAUUGCUGUUCUGGCUUCAUAUUUACACUUCCAUUCUUCAUCCCCCUUAAAAUCAUUCUUGAUCAUCCUAUUUUCUUUCAACAGCUUCAGAGGAUGAUUCUGAAGAAGAUGGAGACCAUAACAGAACAUUUGAUAUUGCCUAACUUCAUAUAAGACAAAUGGAUGAUCUGUGAACAAGUGUUUAUUAAAACUGGCAAUUAAGUAUGAAUUUAAUUUUGUGGGGGAAUGCCUAUUGAAUACCUUUAUUGUCUAUCUAUAGAUAAUGAAUAUAUAUAUAUACACACAUGUAUGCAUGUAUAUAUAUAAUGAAUAUAUAUGUACACACAUGUAUGCAUGUAUAUAUAUAUUCAUUCUCAAGUAUUGCUGAAUUAAAAUUCUGCUGGCUUAUUAACAUGGCCAGUGAGUCUAAUGUUUAUAAACAGGUAAUCAAAAGUAUUUUUCUUUUAGCUGAAUUGAGAAAAUGUUAUCCUUGUUUUAAAUAUCUAAGCAAUGCUGCAGCCAUUUUUUGUGUUCUGAUUACCGUAGUCAUAUUUAUGAAAAAAGGUUGACGUUUUAGUCUGUUAGUGAAAAAAGUGGGACAAAAUAUGCUUUCAGAAUAAAUUGCCAAAUGGCACCUAAUUAUUUUUCUUUUUAAAAUGCCUUAAGUUGCAGUCUCAUUUUCAUGAUCAUUUGCUUCCAGUGUUUAAAGAAAGUAAGAGCAGGGAAAAAGUUAUGAAGAGCAUUAUAUUAGGUUUCCAAAUGUAACUUGAAUUCUAAAUUCACUUAGCAAUAAAAUCUAAUUUAAAAAAUAUAUAAAUAUAAAAUGUACAAAUGAUGGGUAAAUUUUUGUAUUGAUUUGCAAAAUGCAGAUUAUAUUUGAUAGGCCAUAGUAUGUAGAUGUUCCUUUUAGGAAUAUUACAGCUGUAAAUUAUAUCAGGAUUGCCAGUCAAAUGCUAUUUGAUUUGAAAAAAAAAUUAUUGAAAUCUCAAGUUAGUGAAAUAUUUUUAAAUCCCACGUUCAAAGUUUAAAACACUGGUUUUCAAUGUUUUUUUAGUGUUGUAACUUCUUUAUAGAUAAAUGUGAUAUAAAUAACCUGUUUGGAUCCUGGUCGUUUUUAACUGUUCCUUGGUAAUUCUGAGCAUUUAUUUGAUGACUUAAUAUUUUUCACUACCUUAAGAGAACAGAUGAACAUUUACCUGUUCACUUAAAUAGAUUUGCACUGUGGUUAUGAGUUAUGUACACUUCUAUAACACUGUAUAUUUCCUCUUUCAACACCCUUAGGAUACACUUAAAAACACCUUCAGUUGGUUUCAGGUUAAAUAGUCUUAUGUCAUGGCAGCAGACUACUUUUUUGGAACCUAAGUAGAAACUGUAAUUUCUCAAAUGUGAAUCAACAGUUUGCCUACGUUAAGUCAGUUUGUUGGUCUUAAUGUAAAACCUUGGCUUGAAAUAAAGUGCAUACUGAUUGAUUUA